AUGCCCACGUUGGGCCCACAUGGGGCCAACAUCGUUCCCCAACAUUCACGUUCCGCCAACGUUUCCCACCUGUAUCCAAUGUGGGCCCAACGCGAGCUUUUACAUGGAGAGAACGAGGGGAACUCCAAGCUAGUGGAAGAAGAGGAUGUUGUGAAAGGCGAAAUAUCUACAGGUGUCAUCAUUGGGAUUCUUGUUGGCGUUGUCUUCCUCCUUGCGAUUGCUGUGGAUCUCUUUUGCUAUUGGAAGUUUCAAAGAGGUUUGACAAGCCAUUUCUUUGGCAAGGGGAAUCCCAAGCAUGGGUCAGGGGAGCCAAAAAAGGGAGAGAAUGUUGAGAAUGGGAAAGGAGAGGAUGAACCAUUGCAAGACAGAAGGACAACCAGUUAGGAUGUCAGCCAGCAUCAUAAAUGCAGAAGCUCCAGUGGUUGCUUGGAUGAUCUCAGAUGGACUGCAUUGUAAGUUUUUUAUUACCAAGGUUUUUUUAUUAUCUAGUCUUCUGUGGGCAUUAUCAGAACUCUUGGCAAGCUUAGUUUUCUUCACACUCAUUGCCUUGCACAAAGCAAAAGACUGGAAAAGACAGCUAAACUUUGUGAUGAAAAUGUGACAUUUGGACUGGCAUUUCUUAUUUUCUGUGUGUAUUCAGAUGAGUUUUUUCUUCCUCUUGAACAAAUGAGCUAUCCUCCUUCCAUCCCACUUGAUUCCUUCCCAUGAGAUCACGUUGUGAAUUGCUUUCUUUAAUGAUGAUUCUACUUAUAUUUAAGUGUCUUUCCUCACCUGGUGCCUGAAUGCUUUCUUAUGAAUAAAUCAUGCAAUAAUUUUUUCCAUAAUUGCGUCUCUCGUAGAUGCAGCCUGCAACAGCUGGAAUCAGUUAUUGCAAGUCAGGUUCCAUCUAGA